GCUCCGUGUACAAACAUUUUGGCGCCCAACGUGGGGCAUGUGUGUUAUGUUAAUUCUUCUGUGAACAAUUAAACUAAUCGCAAUCUACAAAGGCAACAAUUACAACAUUCGCUCGUCUCGCAGCUGCAAUCGAAAGUUUCGAAAACCGUAUCAGAAUUGUUCGUCUAGAUCGCGGGAUCGUUGUCCUCGCCUUGCUCUCGCCGUUCUCGCUUAAUUUUAUCAUUCGCUUGUCACCCACAACGCAUUCAACGGCGCUUGCAUUCUCGGUUCGUUCGCUUUGCAGCUACCUGCUUUGGUCCAUCGAUCAACGCAUUCUUUCUAUUAGAAUUCCACCGCUUCACUUUCGUUUUGCUUUCGUUGCCGCUGCUGGAACUUUUGCUUUUGCUUUCACCGUUGGUUUUGUGCUCUAGCUGCUGCUGCUUGCUGCGUUUUUUUGUUGUUGUUAUUUUUGGAAGCUCUAGUUCUGUGUCAGCGUAAUUACACUACACAACAAAAUGACGACGCUCGAAGACUUAAAACGCCAACGGAGCAAUAUAAAACGAAAUAUAACUCGGAUCAAAUCUGUGGUAGAUGCUAAAUCGGAAACCCCGAUAUUCAAUGAUGAGCUUCGCUAUCGGUUGAACAUCUUAGAAACGUAUUUCAAGAAUGUUUUAAAUGUCCAAGCUAAUAUUGAAGACCUUAGUCCGAAUGCUGAAGGACGGGUAGAUUUGGAGGAUACAUACAUAGCAAUCAAGCUAGCCAUAAGGGAAAAAAUGGGAGGAGAUCUGAACGCCAGCAUUGUUGCGCCGGACUACCACCCACCGCCAGUGAAGUCAUCGUUACCAAGGUUGUCGCUACCCACUUUCGACGGAACAUAUGCAAACUAUAAGAAUUUUAUUCACUCGUUCGAGCAAAUUGUUGUGCGUGAGUCUGGAUUGUCUAAUAUAGAAAAGUUUAAUUAAACCUGCCUAACGGGGCCGGCAUUAGAUACAAUUCACGCAUUCCAGGUUACAAGCGAAAACUAUCCGAAGGCCCUAGCAAAACUCAAAGGCCGUUUUGAUAAUCCUACUCUUAUAUUUUUAGAAGGUAUUGAGGCAUUGUUUGCACUACAACCUGUGGAAAGGUCAAACAGUCAGCAGCUUCACAGCCUAGUGGAUAAGGCAUCCGCUAUAUUAAGCUCACUGGAGUCCAUCGGCAAACCUGAGAAUAUUGUUCACGCUAUGGUUAUAUAUAUUAUAAUGGAAAAGUGUGAUCAGCAAACUCGGAACAAGUGGAAGGAUUUGCAGGACUACAAAACUCUGCCAACCUGGCUAGCAUGCACACAGCUUUUGGAACGCCACUGUCAGUUUCUCCAUUCGUCUGGAAACUCGGCUGCUACUUCGUCACAACGAAAGGCUGAAUCCAAUAAGUCAAAUCGUCAUUCUAAUCACCAAAUAAACUCGUCGUUUGCUAUCACUAAUCCGUCUUGUACACUUUGUUCUAGUUCUGGCCAUAAGAUCUCUAAUUGCGCUCAGUUCAAGGCUAUGAACAGCAACCAACGGUACGACAAUGCAAAACGCCUCGGUCUCUGCAUCAAUUGUCUUGGAAAUGGUCAUAGAGUGGCGCAAUGUUCAUCGACUCAUCGUUGCCGAUCCUGUAAUCGGAAUCAUCAUUCAUCUUUGCAUCACUCUCAGCCGCAACAGCCACCCCAAUCACCAGCAGGACAAUCUUCAACUACUGAACCGGUACUCCAACCAGCGCAACCCUCCUGGCAAACAGCUCAUCAAGCUGCUUCACAUUCUCAUAUGGAGAUCGCAGCAGAUGAUCAAAUUUUGUUGGCAACAGCUAUGGUUUUGGUAAAGGAUGCCACAGCUUCGCCUUCGUCGUGAAAAACACCACAUUGGAAUUCGCAGUAUAGGAGACUCCCUUACUAGUUUGAAGGCUCGUACGACUACCUCUAUUAAGUCACGUACUUCCGGCUAUCAGCUCACUCUCCAGCUUGGAAUCACAUCCCAUAUUGCCUACCAGCCAGAUAGUGAGAUCGACAUAUCGAAUUGGAACCUACCAGCUAACACUCCAUUGGCUGACGAAUCGUUCUAUAGGACUAAACGUAUUGAUUUGUUACUGGGGACCGAAGCCUUCUAUGGAGCUCUAGCUGUUGGCCAGAUUCGCAUUGGUCCAAAUCUUCCCACUUUGCAGAAGACUCUUUUUGGUUGGGUUGUUGCUGGGAGGUACCAGCGGCAAUAUAACAGACAGCCACCAUUGUGCUUGGCGACUGUAGAAGAGUCGAUCGACAAGAAUUUGCAGCAAUUAUGGAAAGUGGACUCAUUUGUCGAUCCAAGCGCUAGAAUGCUCCCAAAUCAUCGUCGCUGUGAGGACCAUUUCAGGGACACAACACAUCAGGAUGCCAGUGGGCGGAUUGUCGUUCGCUUGCCAUUUCAAGAAGAUCCAAGUUGUCUUGGAAGUUCCUUCGAUACAGCUCGAACUCGAUUUUUUGCCAUUGAGAGACGUCUCGCUCGUCUACCGGAAAUUCGCUCGCAGUAUAUCUCGUUCAUGCAGGAAUAUGAAAGUCUCGGCCAUAUGUCCCUCGUACUGAAUCCUAACUUGGAAGAACCGCAUUAUUAUAUACCCCACCAUUUCGUUCUGAAACCAAGCAGUACCUCGACGAAGCUCAGAGUUGUCUUUGACGCCUCUUGCCGUACAACAUCUCAAAGGUCACUUAACGAUCUACUUUUAGUCGGCCCUACCAUUCAGGAUGAGUUGUACUUGCAAUUGCUGCGGUUCCGCAUGCAUAGGUUCGGCAUCACAGCCGACGUCACAAAAAUGUACAGGCAGGUACUUGUGAGUGAGAAGGAUAGAAAAUUCCAGUACAUUUUGUGGCGAGCAUCUCCAAAUACGGAUCUUCAAACCUACCAACUCAAUACAGUGACAUAUGGGACUGCGUCUGCCCCAUUUCUCGCAACUCGUAGUUUGCAUUACUUGGCUGAGGAUUGUAAGGAUGCAUGGCCAUUAGGGGCUGCUGCUGUUAAAACUGCAUUUUAUGUUGAUGACCUUUUGUGUGGGGCUGGUGAUAUAGAUACACUCUUCAAACUAAAAACUGAAAUCACAUCAACUCUCGCUCGUGGUCAGUUUCCAUUAUGCAAGUGGCAUUCAAAUCAUCCAGGCGUGAUGGAAGACGAAUCUACCAAGGAAUUAAACAUUUCAGAAAACUCAGUCAGCAGCACACUCGGCUUAACUUGGCAUCAACGAAGAGAUGCAUUUAGUUUCACAUUUAAUCCAAGGGAAGUCUAUCCCACUACCACAAAACGAAUAAUUUUGUCUACUGCGUCGUCGUAAUUCGAUCCAAUCGGUCUGCUAUCACCGUUAGUCAUUGUCUCUAAGAUCAUUAUUCAGGAGUUGUGGCUUUUGAAACUCGACUGGGACGAGUCUGUCCCCCAGAAUUUAAGCCACGCAUGGAGCAAGUGUUUGGAAUCGCUGAAUUCACUGUCGUCACUAGCGGUACCUCGUUUUUGUUUGCAGCCUGAUACUAGGAGCAUUCAAAUACAUGGAUUUUGCGACGCAUCGCUUCGGGAAUACGGCUGCUGUGUUUAUGUGCGCACGGAGAAUUCGCUUGGACAGGUCACAGUGAAAUUGUUCACUUCUAAGUCUAGAGUAGCACCAGUGAAGAAACAGUCUCUUCCGAAGCUUGAACUAUGCGGCGCACAUCUACUUUCUCAGUUGUAUAACAAAGUCAAGGCCAUAUUCAGUAAACACACUAUCACAUCUUAUUUUUGGAGCGACUCACAGCUCGUAUUGCAUUGGUUGCAACAACACUCAGUCACCUUAUCGACCUUUGUUGGAAAUCGAGUGUCCGAUAUUCAGGAUUUAACGUCUGAUGGAAAAUGGCGCUAUGUGCCAACACAUCAAAACCCUGCUGAUAUUCUGUCGCGAGGCUGUAACGUGAGCGAGUUGAUUAAGUCUCCAUGGUUUUCGGGUCCUACGUUUCUAGUCGAAGAUUCACUAAGCUGGCCCGCCACUGGUGGAAAACUUGAUAUUGACAUGGACGUGGUUAACUCGGAGAAUCGGAAAAGUUUGUUUGCUGCCGUACAUGAGACAAAUAAUAUCCUCAACAUCGUCGAUAAUAUCAGCUCGUACACUCACAGUCUGCGUCUCAUUGCUUGGAUGAUUAGGUUCAUAAGGAGAUGUCGGAAGCAAUCGACGUUUACCACAACCUCACCGACGCCAGAUGAACUUCGUUUUGCUUCACAUUGCCUUAUUUGGAACAUUCAACAAACUCAUUUUGUAGAGGACAUCCGUUUACUUCAGAAGCAAAAACCAUUAAAAAGCAGCUUAAAGUUUCUUACUCCCUUUUUAGAAGUCGUGAACGGAUUCGAACUUAUCAGGGUUGGUGGACGUUUGGAAUACUCAGAUCUACAAGACGGUCAAAAACAUCCGUUGCUGCUGCCUAGUCAGUCCAAAUUUGUAUGGAACUAUAUUCGCCAUUUGCAUCUUCGGAACUAUCACGCUGGACCUAAAGCCCUAGUCGCUCUCAUUCGUUUGGAGUAUUGGAUCGUUAACGCCAGAGACUUGGCACGUAGAAUUGUUCGCUCCUGUGUACACUGCGUUCGCUACAGACCGAAGCUGCUACAACAACUCAUGGGCUCAUUACCGCCUACGCGACUCGCUCCGGCUCGACCCUUUGAACGCUGUGGAGUUGACUUUUGUGGACCCAUCAACACAUAUCUACGCAUUCGAGGAAAGGGACCUACAAAAGCAUACAUAACCGUGUUCGUUUGCCUUCUCACCAGGGCCGUUCACAUCGAAGUAGUCUCUGAUUUGUCAACAAAGGCGUUCUUAAACGCAUUGAAACGGAUGGGAGGUCGUCGCAAGCUGCCGAAAGACAUCUUCUGCGAUAAUGCCACUAACUUUGUAGGGGCAUCGAAUCAACUGCAGGAACUAAAAAAGUUUAUGUUCUUAAAGCAGACCCAAGAUGAAAUCUAUAAAUUUUGCGCAUCUGACUUUAUUAAUUGCCAUUUUAUUCCCCCCAGGGCACCUCAUUUCGGAGGCCUUUGGGAAGCGGCAGUCAAGAGUGCAAAGGGGCUGUUAAAUCGUACGCUGGCCAACACCAGGUUCACCUUCGAAGAGUUGAGCACUGUCGUCGUCGAGAUAGAAUCGAUCCUCAACUCGCGCCCGCUAUCGCCGCUUUCGUCAGACCCAAAUGACUAUAGCACUCUCACGGCUGGUCAUCUCUUGGUUGGCGAAUCAUUGCGAUCACUACCUGAAAGGUCCCUCGAGAAUAUCAAGCUGUCAAGUAUGGACCGCUACGAUGCGAUUACGGCCGUCAAGCAACGGUUUUGGAAGCAAUGGUCUGCUGACUAUGUCAACGAAUUGCGAUCGCGCACGAAGUGGACAGCACCCUCAACGAACCUCACCGAGGGCACGUUGGUCAUCAUCCAUGAGGACAACCUGCCACCGCUACGCUGGAAACUAGGCCGAGUGCAGUCUACUGUGCUUGGGAAGGAUGGACUUGUACGGGUGGUGCACCUCCGCACUGCAAAUGGAACAUGUUGCAGGCCAAUACACAAGUUGGCAAUUCUUCCGGUGGUUUGAAAGCAGUCCUUUCAACGGGGCCGGGAUGUUCGGUCAAACUCCUUUAAGGAACAAGUAUUCAAAUGACCCUCGUAAAAUAGAGAGCC